CCCAAAUUUUGUUGCUGUUUGACGUGACAUAAACCUUCUUGUUUUAUCACUAUUUUCUCCGUAAAAAUGGCUCCCAAAAAGAAAAAGUCAGGCAAUAAGAAGUUAGCAAAGAUGACAGAAGAGCAGAGGCUGAUAUAUUUAGAGCAGAAGCGACUCGCUGAAGAAGAAAUGCGAAAAAAGAAGGAAGACAUGUUGACUCAGUUUUUAAAGGACAAAUUAGCUAAAGAAGAAAAAAGUACAAAGUUUAAUCUGAAUAAACUUCAAAAUCAGUGGCGAGUCAUUAUGAGGGAAGCAAAAGCUCAGGAGCUAAAGAAAGAUAUUGAAGUUCUUAGUCAGACUUUUGAGCGAGUCAUUGAUAGGAAAGAAGCAAUUAUUAAGUCUUUGGUAAAAGACAUUGAGGAGGCUGAAGAACAAUAUCAAAUGGCAUUAAGAAGUCACUUACAGAAUGAAGACAGAUUAAUUGAUCUCCAACAAAGGCGUUUAAGGGAACUAAAGGAUGAAUUCACACAAGAACAAGAAGUUAUCAAAAUUGAAUUUGACAUGGAAAGAGAAAAGAUUCAAUAUCAACACAAGAAAGAAAUGCAUGAUAUUCAAGACAUCAAUUUUGCUAUGGAAGAGGAAUGGAAUGAACAGGAAAGUGAAGCCAAGCAAGAUUUCCAAAGUUUGAGAGAUGAAAUCAAAAACAAAAACAUUGAAGAAAAACAUGCAUUGCGGAUACAGCUAGAAGGCACAGUAGAAGAUCUGUGGAGGCAGUUUCAGCAGGCUCUUAAAAAUUACAAUGAAACUACAGAGGAAAGAAAAGUUGCAUUUGAAAAUCUUAAAAACAAAGAUGAGAAGAGUGCAAAGGAAAUUGAAACACAGAUGAGAAAACUUCAAAGAAUACAGGAUAACAUGUCACAAUUGAAAGCAAAAAUGGCAAUGAAUGCAAGGGAAUGUGAUGAAAGAAAUCGCUUGAUCAAAGAGCAAAGAGAAGUUGUUGGGGUACAGUUUCAUGAGCUCAAAGCAGAAAUGAAUAAGAUGAGAGAUUCUGAGAGAGCUCAGCUAACUCAACUAACUUUGAAAAGUAAUGCAGCUAUCAAACAGCUCACUGCAAAACUUGAGAAGGGAGAAAGGAUUGUUAAACUCUCUGAAAUGUGUCGUAAACUCGAAACUGAACAAGAAAAAGUUCUGCCGUUUUAUGCUUCAUCAUUGUCACCUGAAGAGGAGGAAGAUGUUGCUGUUGCUAUGCAGGAAUCACCUUCGGAGGGUUUGGCAGAGAUACUACAUGAAUACCAUUCGCUGGAGAACUUCUGGAAACGUUAUAAUAAGGUUUUACUAGAUAAACUCGCCCUUGAUAAGGAGAAAAACUCGUUGUUACAAGAAAACCAACAACUUAGAGCGAUACUGAAGCAAUACCUUGAUGGAAUUUCCGUGAAUGAUGAAAUUCUCAGCACUCACAACCCGCUUUUCAUCGUGAAUAACAAGACCAAUGUAAAAUUAUCAGUGCCAGUCAUGGAUCCACGUGUCAAACGGUCUGGUCCGACAGUCGUUGAAGCAGCACAUGUUGUCAAACAUGCUAUAUGAAUCACUAGAAAUCUUGUAUAUAAAUGUUGAAUUGAUAUUGUAAAUAUUCGUUAAUAAACGAUUGAUGAUAA